AUGGAACAAGCAAGCUUUCUUCGAGAAUUGCCCAGUGUUCUAAAGCGAAUUGAAACAGGCUUGAUUGUCGCUCAAUUAAAGAAUGUUCUUCGCAUUUUUUGUUUACGACUUUCUGGAACAAAACAAGAACUAAUCAAUCGAAUUAAGCAGUUCAUUGAAAAAAUUACCCUCGAAAAUGAUAUGGUUUCCUGGGAAGCACUAAAAAAAGCCGUAAAUGGUGAUAUUGCUGGUGCCACGCAAAUUCUACGUCCGCAAUUUCCAAAUCCUGUCGCAUAUCCAACAAGCGUACAGGCUCCAAGACCAUCAAUCGUUACUUUUCGUCCGUAUCCUCAACCUUUGCCGCAUGUUGCUCCGACAAGGACAAGGCUUAAGUUCAAAAGUAGUCCCUUUUAUGACGUUUUAGAAAGCUUUAACGCUCCAUUUCCCAUCCCUCCUUGUGUUAACGCCAGAAACACCGUUAAUUUCUGUUUUCAAUUGACACCUGCCGCCAUCUCAAAACUGGCUACUGACGCAAACAAGCGUUAUCGUAUUUAUUUCUUUUCUACAGCCACUGAAACAAUUGGCCUAGGCGAAUGUUUAAUGGAGUAUCCAACCCCUCAGAUGGAACUUCGCAUUAACCACAAAGUCGUCCCUGCUUCGUUCCGAGGCUUAAAGGGAAAAGUAGGAACCUGUAACCCUGCAGACAUUACAGAUUAUGUUAACUCGUACGCUGGUGCCCCGGGAAACAAUGUAACAAUUCAUUAUAUGAACGCAAACAAAGCUUUCACCGCUCUUGUGAGUUUGGUGCAGACUUGGAGUGUGGAUCAAUUAAUGCAACGUAUUAAGACUGGACGCAAGGAGUCCAAGGAAAAAAUUGUUGAACGGAUAAAGCGAGACAACGACGAUGCGGAUUUAAUUGCUACCUCAGUUGAUGUUUCUCUGAAAUGUCCUCUGUCCUUCACUCGCAUAUCUGUCCCUAUUCGAUCAAUUUUUUGCAAACAUAUUCAAUGCUUCGAUGCACUUGCUUUUUUGCAAUUAAACAAGCAAAUGCCUUCUUGGUCAUGUCCUGUUUGCAACACAACAGUACGCUAUUACGAUCUUAUUAUCGAUGGUUACUUGGAGGACAUUCUUGCAAACACCCCUCCGAAUGCCGAGUCGGUGACCGUUGAUCCGGAAGGAAAAUGGACAUUGAACGCCUUUGAUGAUGAUGACGAGAGCUCCGAAAACGAAACACCGGCCAAGGAAGACGUUGUCGAUCUGAGUGAUAUCGAUGAGCCUACAGUAACGCCCUCACUGAGCAAUGGUAGUGCCGCGCUGACUGCCGCGGCAGAACAUCAUUCCGGCAGCCAACAGAUUCCAGCAAAAAGAUUACCCUCUGUCUCGUCUCACUCUCACCACUCAUCUUCUCACAAUCCUCCUAAACGGAAACGCGAAUCCAUAAUUAUUGACCUGACGAUAUCUGAUGAUGACGAGGAUAACGCUGCAGCUGACACACUCAGUUCAAUGUCUUCGUCCAUUCAUACUCCUCGGCGGGAAGACGCUGGCUCGACUAACGGACCAGUUGCCAAAGUUCAAAAAACUAUUCCUGAACCUCCUCAGCAGCAACAACCGCCUCCUCCUUCUUCUCGUGCCUUUAUUCACGAUGGUCAGGACCAUGCUGGUUCAGAACUUCCUUUACCACCAUUAGACAAUGCUAGCGCUCUUGGUGUCCCUCAAUCAAUUUUCGUCACUGCGAAUAACGAAACUUUAAAGACGAAUGAUCAAUUUUUGUUUAACACGCCCUCUCCUGCUUCCUCCACAGCCAGUCCGUUCCAGUUACAUCCUGCUCUUCAGCACCAGAUUGCUACCUACUCUCCUAACAAUUCACCAAAUAUGGCUUCUAACAACGGCCUUCCUACCGUUGCACACGAGCUCAGUUCUUCCCCGGAUCAUCGUGGCGACAAAAGUCAUGCCUUAGCUGUACAGCAGCAGCAAACUGACAAUACUCUUGCUUACAACGGUCCGCUUAUCCCUGGUCUCAAUCUUGCUGCCACUUCUCAAAAUGUAAAGCCCCCUUCCAAUUCAGUCAACAGCAACCUAACUAAUUUACUGCAACGGGAAUACUUGUCAAACCAGUUAAUGCGGAUACCGGAUUAUUCGCUGAACUCGUCUACGCCGUCAAACACGGAAGGUAUACACAAAAUCGACAACGGUCUAAUGCAACCGGAAGCCACUACUUCUGUUUCAAGUACAGCUGCCACCACCGACACGACUAACUCCCAUCCCGAAAACCCAUCGUCCCCAUCGGCAGGUCCAAUUUGGGACGAACAAAAAGAUGAUCAGAUUGACUGGGAACGAGAAUUGAACAUUCCACUAUUUUUCAACUCUUCGUAA